AUGGAGGAGAAUAUUUGUGUUGAAUCAAUGCAUCAAUCAGCUCAAGAAGAUGAUAAAAAUAAAACCCAUCACCAUUUUAAUCAGAAUGAAGAAAGAGAAGAAGUCACCUUAAUGCAGCAGAAUACAAGACGACCCAACCUUUCAUCUUUGGAAAUACCUGUGCGGUCUCUGGAGAGUACAUUGUAUGAUUUUGCUAGAAUAGAUAUUCCAAGUCCUACUUCUACCAAAGCAGGAUUGCCCCCUAGACCAAACUCUGCAAAAUUGAUUUCAUCUGUUAAAAAUUUGCUUCCCCAAAAGAGUUUCAGGGGUAAACACCCAAUUCAGGAUGGUGAGAAGACAGUGUUCAUUAUCCCAGAUACACGAAUAUCAGACAAACCUUCAACUUCAAGGUCAUUUUCUCUAAACAAAUUUUUAUUCUCUUCAUCAACAAAAACUCAUUCUUUACCUGUGACACCAAUGUCAAAUGUUGGACUUAAGCCCUCAGAGGAAAAUAAUGUGGAUGGCCAUUCUAAACUACCUAAAUAUGAAGUUCGACGGCAUAUGACGCGCUCGUUUUCAGUUCCUGUAAAUGUUAGAACCAGAAGCUUAAGGCAGACAGAUUCAUCUGGAGGUUUGAUACGUGUAAUAUCAGCAGUCCAUCGGUCUACAACAAAUGACAAUGCCUCACUAGAUAUAUCCCAAGAAACGGAAGCCCAGGAUGAUGCUGGUGAAGACAUUCCAGAAGAAGAAGCUGUGUGCAGAAUUUGUUUUAUCGAGCUUGGUGAAGGAGGUGAAACACUCAAGAUGGAGUGCAGCUGCAAAGGAGAUCUUGCACUUGCACACAAGGAGUGUGCCAUGAAGUGGUUUAGCAUCAAAGGUAACAAAAUCUGUGAUGUUUGUAAGCAGGAUGUCCGUAACCUUCCUGUCACAUUAUUGAAGAUUCAAAAUCCUCCAACUGUUGUAAGAAGGUCUGCAGAUGUACCUCAACAGAGGGAAAUGACUCGUUACAGGGUCUGGCAAGAUGUUCCUGUUCUUGUAAUGGUCAGCGUGCUCACCUAUUUCUGCUUUCUGGAGCAGCUUUUGGUUUCCAACAUGGGACCUAGGGCUCUUUCCAUCUCAUUGCCUUUCUCUUGUGUUUUGGGGCUUCUCUCAUCCAUGAUAGCUUCUACUAUGGUGAGCAAGAGUUACUUGUGGGCUUACGCGUCGUUUCAGUUUGCAAUAGUGAUCCUAUUUGCUCAUAUAUUUUAUUCUGUGCUCAACGUAAAUGCUAUUCUGUCCGUGUUGCUUUCUUCUUUCACUGGGUUUGGAAUUGCGAUCAGCACUAAUUCACUUCUUGUGGAGUAUUUGCGAUGGAAAGCAAGUCGUCAUCCACAGGCUUCCCAACCACAUAUGAAUGGCGGUGUCCAACUGCACCAUCAACAUCAGCAAAGACGCCAACGCCACCCGCCUCCCCAAAAUCAUCAUCAACAUAAUUGA